AUGGAUCCAUCAGGCCAACAAGGUCCACCGAACAGGGCAGGAGAACAAGUGGUUGACCGCGACACCUGGCUACAACUCACGACAGUCUUGGAUAACCCGCAACCUACCAACAAUGAGCUUCUCCAAGACGAAGAAUGGCCAGCCAACCCUGAACUGGACCACCUAAUGGCCGAAUUCGAUGACAGCCAGGUACAGGCCGGCUUAGAAAAUGCAAACACUCAGACCCACCAGCAAGCAACUGUCGUACCAGAAGACAAUAGGAUGGCUUUAGCUGAGCAACAGGGACUUGGGGCCAAUGACAACUUAGGUCUCCAACAUAAUCCAGACAACGACAUCUCUGAAUCCGAGUCAGAUGGUGCGACGGAAUGGCCUGUCGACCUGGGAUUUGAGAAUCCUCCGUUCAUGGCUGCAAUGCCGAUUCAGCAGGGGAACCAAGUCCGGCCAGAGAAUGCCGAAUAUGGCUCAAGCGCCAUAGGAAACUUCGAACAAUGCCAUAACUUCCAACAGCUGGGUAUGCAGGGACCUCGAGGAGCUGCGCUCCAUGCAAGUCACGUUGGUAAUGCACAGAACAUCCAACACAACAUGCAACCAUACGGCGGCUUGCUAGAGAUGCAAAUGCAGGAACCUCCGGGAGCUGCGCUCCAUGCAGGACACGUU